AUGCGAGCUCGCCAGCGCUUGUCGACGGCCGCGCGGCUGAGCUACCAGCAGUCGUUUGUCGGACUCGACGCGACCGACGUCUCAUCGUCGGCGGACGAAGAGUCGGCGACGCCACCGCCAUUGCUCCCGGUCGCCGCGCCGAGCAGCAGCGCAUCGUCCGAUCUUCUCUCGCGCACUGCGAGCGGUCCGGAGCUUCUGCAGCGCAUCAACGGGAACCCGACACAGGACGCGUCCACCGAAGCCGCGCGGCUUCGGAGCUUUAGCGCGUCCAACCUCAAGACCACGCACGCCGUCGCUGUCCCGAAAGUGGUCGGUCUCCGCGGGCUCUACGAACCCAGCUUGUCGCUGCACUGGGAAGGCUACCUCAUGAAGCGGUCCGACUGGCUCAAGCACUGGGAAACCUACUACUUUGUGCUGCACGGCCGCGUCCUCUGCUGCUACCUCUCGGAAGACGACGCGCGGCUGCAUCCAGAAAACUCCAAGAUCAAAGACGGCCGGUUCACGUUCAGCGACAAGGUCGUCUUGGACAAGGUCAUCGACUUGCGCACGCACGACGACUACGAGUCGACAGAGGCGCCGACGUCACCGCCCGCGUCGAGCCCCAAGGCCACCAAGCACGUGCCAUUCCGGUUCAUCUUCGAGACGCAGAACGCCAAGAAGCUCCAACUGCGGGCGAAGAGCGAGGCCAGCAAGCAGCUCUGGAUGCACAUGGCCACGCACGGCGUCGCCGACACGGACAUGGAGAGCGGCGGCCUGCGGCGUCGCGGCCCACUGCGGUCUGUGGGCCUUGCCGACUUUUACGCUGCGUACGAGUUUGGCUACGCGUCGCUCUGUGAGCUCGAAGACCGCGUCAAAAUGUACCAGACGCCCAAGCGCCACCGCGUGAGCAUGGAAGUCAUCCCGAACGCGCCGAUCGCGUCGCUUCGCCCGAAAACCGACCACAUUCUGUGUCGGCUCUUCUCGCUUCUAUGCCCCGACGUCGUGCUGCGCUCCAACUACCUGCCGAUGGUGCCCUUUGCCGGCACGUACCGCGAGUACGCGGGGAUCCUCGAUUACUUUACCAACCUUUCGCGCGCGGUCAAGUUCAAGUCGUUCUCGGUCGACGGCAUGAGCUGCGAAGGCCAGGCCGAGAAGCGGAUCGUGGUCGUCUCGGGCAAGGAGACCAUGCAAGUGCGUGCGUCGAACGCGACCUUUAUGCAGCAUUGGGUGCACAAGCUGCACUUCCGCGAAGACGGGCGCAUCUCGCGGUGGGAGAUCUUUGGCGACGUUGUCGCCGCGUCCGUCGUGUUCAAGCCGCAGGGAUUUUCAAUGAACCUGACGCUGCCAUCGCACUCGGAGCGCGUACGCGAGUCCUUCGUCGGCGGCUACGUCGUCGCGAUCAAGUUCAAGACGUUGCAUGGCAUCCGCGUCGACCCGACGCAGCGAUUUUUUGUGCGCUGUGCGUUUGAAAAUGAAAACAACGAGUGGCACACGGAGGCGCAGACCAAGGUGCUCACGGCGUCCGCUGUCGAGGGCGACCUCUGCCACUUUGACAUAAACCAAGACGUGCUUUUGCAGCUCGACUCGCUGUCACGUGACGACAAUACGCUCCUCGGCGUGCAAUUCUGUCUGGUCGCGUCGCACGAAGUCCUCGCGCGGACGACGGUCAACUUGGCGUAUUUUUUCAACCGCGCGGGUAUGGACUCCAACUGGCAAACGUACACGCUCUCGAACGCCAACGAAAGCUUCUUUGGCAAAAUGGUGCUCUCGGUGCACAUUGCGCCGCUCAGUCGCCUUCCGCCGUCGCCGACAACGUCCUUGGCCAAGGCGACGCGACCGGCGUUCCCGUGGCUGCCCGCCAACAGACCGUCGACGACGGGUCCGCGCGCGAUGCUGAGCUCGUUCAUCGACGACGAGAGCAGCUCCGAGAUGGCCACCAAGACACUGUCGACGCCGUCGCUCGUCUCGGACGACCGCGGACUCCAUCAGUUUAUCAUUGGCGACGCGACGUUCACAGUCGCCGACAAGUACCGCAUGGUCAAGGUCGUCGGCAAGGGCACGUACGGCGUCGUGAUUGCAGCAAGCGACUGCAUCCACGGCGGCACGUUUGCGAUCAAGAAGAUUGGCCAGUUUAUGCGCCACCCCAAAGUGGCCAUGCUCGCGUUCCGCGAGAUUCAACUCAUGAACAAGGUCGGGGCGCACCCGAACAUCAUGGGCAUCCACGAGCUGCAGCGCCCGCUGAGCUUUGAGACGUUUGACGACUUGUACAUUGUCCAGUCGCUCAUGGAGACCGACUUGUGCCGCGUGAUCCACUCGAAAGAGCACCUCUCGGACGAACACAUUCAGUUUCUCAUGUAUCAGAUCUUAUGCGGGAUUGCAUACAUCCACUCGGCCAACGUGCUCCAUCGCGACCUCAAGCCGAGCAAUAUUCUGGUCAACUCGGACUGCGCCGUCAAGAUCUGCGACUUUGGCCUCGCGCGCUUUGCGACCGACCAAGACCUCGAGGAAGGCCUGAGCGAAUACGUCGUCACCCGAUGGUACCGCGCCCCCGAGCUCCUCUUGGCCAAUGCGUACGCCAUGUCGAUCGACGUGUGGAGCGUCGGCUGCAUCUUUGGCGAGCUCCUCGGCCGGCGCGUCCUCUUUCCUGGCAAAAGCUACGUCGACCAACUCAAGGUCAUCAUUGAGGUCGUGGGCACGCCGUCGACGUUUUCAUUUUGCGACAACCCGUCGGCGCGCCGGUUUGCGGGCCGACAGCUCUUGACGCAGAGCCCGCUCAUCGCCAAGGUGGCGUGGACCGACGUUUUUCCGCACGCCAACCCCGAGGCGCUGAGCUUGCUCGACAAGCUAUUGCAGUUUGACCCGAACGACCGCAUCUCAGCAGCGGAAGCCAUUGCCCACCCGUACUUUGACUCGUGCCGCAACGCAGCGCUCGAGCAGCUCACGUUUGUGCCAACCGAGGCCGACAAAGGGCCGCCACCCAACAUUGACUACCGCAAGGUGCAGCCCGCGCAGCUCAAGAAGCUCCUCUUUGACGAGGUCAUGAAGGACCGCUAGUUGUCUCGUCUAUAUACCCCACUCGUCGUAUUUCGA